GGAGUAUGUACUUUUCCGCCUCUUUGUCGGGAAACCCAGAAAAAAACCUGCGAAAAGAUCUCUACAAGCUAGUGAAACGACGUUCUGCACUCGAAACUCGUGCUAAGGGAGAGUUUCGAGGAGAGGAGGAACACGAUGUGGAACGGUUCAAGACCUGGACCACGAGGAGGAAUGCCCUUUCGUGGCGAACCUCGUGGAGGCAUGUUUGAAGGCAGAGAUGGCCCAAGACCUGACUUCAGAGGUCGGGAUGGGAUGAACAUGGAUAGGUCACCUAUGGACAUGAGACGGUUCGACUGCCCACCUGAUAUGAGAGGACGAGACAUGGGUCUUCAUGACCGAGGAAGAGAGCCUUCCCGAGACUUUUUCAGACCUGGAGAUGAAAUGGAAAUUAAUUUUCGAAGGCGCUUUGAAAUGGAUCAGAGAAACAACCUUCAGAAUCCUCCAGGUUUUUUGGGUCAAUCCAGGCCACCGAUGGAUAUUGGUGGCAGAGACAUGCAAGGUGGUAAUAUGAGGGGUCCAGAGGAUGGAUUCUUGAAUAUGAGGGAGAGGGAGAGAUUCCAGAUGGAUAUGCCUGGGCUUCCCCCCAUGGACAUCAGGAGGAGACUUGCUAUGGCGGCUAUGGGUGGAAAUGGAGAUCAUGGGGACAUGAGAGACAGAGAGAGGCCACGGAUGGGUGGCAUUGAUGGGUUCAACAUGGACAUGCCUCCCAGAGACAGACCGAUGAUGGAUUUUGACAGGCGAGGUGCCACCCCUCCACUUAAUCCAAGAGGAAGGUUUGAAUCUGAUAUGGAUCUGAGAAACCGCAUGGGAUCCUCCAAUGAUUUCAGAGAGCAGCCUCCUCAGAUGUUUCGAGACAAUGAUGGCGUUCCAAUGGAUAUCAGAGGAAGACCUGAUAUUCCUUUGGGUCGUGGUGGUCCAGAGCCCAUGAUCAGAGGCGAUGAGAUGACCCUCAGAGACAGAGAAUUCCCAGAGCCAAUGGACAGUCCCAUGGGCUUCAGAGAGAGAGAAAGUGAAUCGCUCUCAGACGAGUGGCACAAGCAUGGCAUGAGAGACCGUGACCCUCUUCCGCCGAUGAUGGGCAGAAUGGCGCCACUUUUCCCGAGAGAGAUGCAAGACAAGUUCUUCUCUAACCGUGGAAAAGAUGUAGACUUUGGAGAACAUUCCCAGUUCAAAGACAGAGACCGAGACCGGCAGUCUGGGUUUCUGGGAAAAGACGGCACAGGCUUUAAUCGAUCAGAAAGAGACUCCAAACACCAAAACUGGGAGAAGAAUAUUCCUAGUGAUUUCCCAGUCAGAGAUCCAUCUCAGAAGCCCUCCCUUCUUCCACCGGAUCCCCCUCUAAAUGCCCAAAGUAGAGAUGGAGAUAAACCCUGGCCAGGUGACCGAGAUGAAAAGCCUGACCGAACUGCACCAGCGGGAAGUAGACCUCCAUUUUUCCAAGACAAGAACAAGCCAAAUCAAGAGCAUCGUUUUGCAAGUGAUCGAGUGCCCUUCAAGGAUUCCAGUGACUUGGCUUUAGAUCAGGGACCACAGAAAGAGAGCUUGAUGUCCGGGCCAAAGGAACCCCAGGCUAAUAGAAGUGAGGGACAGGAUCAGGAUUAUCGAGACAUUGAUUACCGCACCAGCUCAGGUCGCAAAUACGACUACAAUCUUGAGGAUCUUCAAGGACCUGAGAAAGACGUGAAUGAAUCCAAACUUGGUCCAACUCAACGACUAGACGACUCUGGUUCUCAGGACCAGGAUUACAGGAGUGCAAGUGUCCAGGAUCAAGUCUCAAAAACAAUUGCCAUCUCUGGAAUUCCUAAAACUGCCACAAUGCAACAGAUUCUGGAUGCUUUUGCAGUCCGUGAUGGUGUGCCAAUGCAGGGCAUGAAAAUAAGGGAUGUUGUGCCAGGUUACAGCUACGAUAUGGCCUAUGUGGAGUUUUUAAACCUCGAGGAUGCUGUCCACUUCAUGGAGUCCAACCAGGGAUCUGUUAAGGUUGGUGACAAGACUGCUCUGCUCAAAUAUAUCCAGCCUGACAAAAAUGUGAAAGAACAGCAUCAUGAUCCACCAGCUAACGCUGCUCCAGCCAGCGAUGACGGUUUGUUACCAAAUCCAGUCCUGAAUAUAAAGGAGGAAACCGAUUCCAAGCUUGAGCAGGAUCCUGCCUCUCAAGGUGCAUGGCAGAGAAGCUCCAACUUGACUCCUGAAGCAUGGCAACAGCAAGUGGACCAACAGCUACAACAGCAGGAGGUGGAGCAACAGGCAGAGGAAUGGACCAAUCAAAAAGCAUCGCGCCAAAACCUGCAGCACUCCGAUCCAGUCUUCAAGGAGAGCAAGACAAUGAUUAUCAAGAACAUUUUGCCUACCACCACCGUGGAGACCAUUCUGCAAGCCCUCGAUCCGUUUGCAUACCUGGAUGAGCGCAAUGUUCGUCUGGUCAAAGGGAAGUCACCUGGAUCCAAAUGCUUCUGCUUUGUCGAUAUGGAUUCACAUGAGCAUGUGACACGAUUGGUGGAGCUGCUCACCAAACCCCGCCCUAUCAUGAUUGAUGGAGUGAGAGUUUAUGCUGAGGUUGCCAAGCCUUUGAAAAACCAAAACUAUAGGAGGGAAAAUGAUAAGUCAAACACUUCUCUCCUUGGUUUCCCUCCGGAUGUUAUGAUGCAACAACAACAUCAAUAUCAGCAGCCACAGCAACAAUUUUAUCCUCAGCCUUCUCAUACAACUAUGGGUGUUGCACCUACCAUGCAAGGUGACCCAAUGGGAGCGGAUGCCACCUUGUCAUCAGCUGUAAUGCCGACUUCAAGCUUAACACCGGGUGUGAUGUAUUCUGAGACAACGGCAAUGGCGCAGUCAGUCCAGACAGCUGAGCACCAGACUGCAGCUUUAUCUGACACUGCUCUUCCUGGAGCUGAGGAGUCCAUUGACGGCUACAGCUAUGCAGGAUCUGAGGCUCCAGAUUUGUCAGCCUUCCUUUACGAUGCUACAUCAGGCUUCUACUAUGACCCUCAGACUACCCUCUACUAUGAUCCCAACUCAAGGUAUUUCUACGACGCUCAGAAUCAGCAGUACCUGUACUGGGACAGUGCCUCAAAAACCUACAUCCCAGUCCAGAACUCUUCUAUUGAAGGUCAGGAGCUGGCCCCUGAAGCUGCUGUUCCCGUGGCAACUGCUGCUGAGGUUAUAGCUAUGCCCAUCACAGAGGAGGAAGUGACGGCAGUUCCAGAGACCGUGCCGGAGGUGCAGGUGGAAGAGGAGCCUGCCCCACGUGCAGAAAAGAAAGAGAAGGAAAAAGAGGAAAAACCCAGAAGUUUAGCAGCUUUUAAGAUAAUGAAAGACAUGGAGCGAUGGGCGAAAAUCCAGAACAGGCAGAAAGAAAUUGUCCGUUCUCCUUCACCUCUUCUCAGGUCUGGAGAUGACCAAAGACCCUCAAAAGCUGCUGAUGCAGGCUUUGCAGUCUUUGAAAGGAAGGUCACCGGUGCAGAUGAAUUAUUCAAGAAGCCUCUUGCUCCUCCAAAGCAAAAAGAGGAAAAAUCAUCAAAGCGGCCCAUGGGCUCUCUUGGAAUGUUGGCGGCCGAUUACGGGGCAGGCAGCGACGAGGAGGAGGAAGAGAAACACGAGAAGCAGGAAGCUGCACAACCCGCAAAGAGCCAGCCACAGGCAGACGAGAAGGAAGACAGGUUGACAGAUUGGAAGAAGAUGGCAUGUCUUCUGUGUAGGAGGCAGUUCCCUAAUGAAGACGCUCUGAUUCGCCACCAGCAGCUCUCAGACCUGCAUAAGCAAAAUAUGGAGAUUCACCUAAAAAUCAAAAGGUCAAAAAGAGAACUUGAAGCUCUAGAACACCAGGAAAAAGAGAUGAAAAUUAAACCGCCGAAUGGUUCACCUGAAGCAAAAAGAAGAAAGUCACAAAACACAUGGGCCGGCAGCUCAAGGGACAGUCAUAAAGGCAGCGAAAGACCAGGUUUGGGUUUAGAGACUGCUGAGCGGAAGAAGAAGGAACCCGUCGUAUGGAAUCAUGCCACGUACAAACAGGCGGUUCGGAAGGCCAUGUUUGCACGUUUCAAUGAGUUGGACUGAAAAUGAAAUGAAUGAACAAAAAGGGAAUUUGUGAAUAUACAUGCAUAUACACACACACACACACACACGGUAUUGUGUGGUCCGUUGGCAGCUCAUUCCAGGCUUUAAUCUGUGAACUGAUACAAAAUUCCUGGAGAAGCUUAUUAUGCCUAACCCCUCAUUUUGUGGAUAUGGUGAUGUGUGACUGUAUAAAAAUAAUUAAUUCAUUUCCUAACAACCAAGUGUACUCUUAUGUUUAAUCAUUCUUUUUGUAGCUCUAUUCUUCAGGGCUUUUUAAAUAUUUCCUCAUUUGAUAAUGUUCUAUCAUGUUUUUUCUCUUUUUUUAUGUAGUAAAAUUGAUGUA